AUGAACAUUUUUACGAAGAGCGGCGGGGAAGGGGUCCCCCACCUGUGCAGCAGCAUAGGCGAUGGAGACGAAACUGGUUCCACAUCGAGCUGGCCUCCCCCCGAACAAGGUGACCAGGACGCAGCUAACCACACCGCUACCCCCGAUGAAGACAUUUUAAAAAAGAAGGGCGCGCAGAAAGAAGUGGAACAAAGCGUUGUCCCGCUGAACAUGGACUGGGUAAAAGUGAUGAACCUGAUCUAUGCCAGCAGAGACGUGGACGCGACUACGCUGGCUUUCAACGCGGCCAUGUCGGCAGUGGAAAAGAAAGGCUGCCUGAAAAGCAUGCUGGAGCUAUUCGAAAUAAUGAAAAAAAAAAACAUAAAACCAGAUUUGGUCUCCUACAAACUGCUGCUCCGUCUAUGUGCCAAUUACCACCUGGGGGAGCACGCGGAAAUUUUAUUUGACGAAAUGGUAGAGACGGAAAAGUUGACUCCAACGUACGAAAUUUACGCUCUCAUGAUAAGCUGCUUUGCCAAAGUGGGGGAUGGGCACAAGGCCGUCGAAUUUCUGGAGAAGCUGCGCAGCGACCCCCUGGUGGAGGAGGUAAACAACUGGGGGGAUAGAAGCGGUGACACUGCUGAUCGUGGUGAUACUGCUGAUCGCGGUGAUGGAGGGAACCCCGCGUGGAAGGACGCCUUCGCGGAAGAGGCCCCCACAGAAGAAGGCGCAAAGGCGGAAGGAAAGACCUACACAAAUGAAUUUAAAGAAAUAACGAAGAAAAUCAAACAAAUCGAAAAAGGGAGCAGCAAAAUCCAGUACAGCGAAUACACCAAUGUGAUCUUCGCAUGCAACAUGUCCAAUUUACCUGAACAGGGAAUUAAAUAUUUCGAGGAAUUAUUAAACACAGGAAAAUACAUGCCGUCUACCCUCCUCCUGGAAAGCAUAUUCGACUUGUUGGCAAAAAAUGGAAACUAUGAAAAGUGCCUGGAGUAUUAUAACAAACUGAAGGAUGAUCCAAAUUUUAAAAAAUAUAUCAAUGUUAAUAUCUUGAAUAAUAUCUUGAAAGCAUUAAGUGUGCAUGCAAAAAGUAACAUCAUCGAAGACGUGUGGAAAAAUGAAUUCGACGAUUUAAUGUUAACUCCAAAUGCUAUUUCCUACGCAUAUAUGCUAAACGUUUACAGCAUUAUGGAUGAUUAUGAAAAAGCAUUCAAGCUAUUUAAAGAAAUGCAAAUGAAAAAAUUGCUAAAUAAUAAAAAUAUUAUUCCCUUUGUAUACACAAUUAAUGCCUUUAAAAAUUGCGGCAUUUAUAACUAUGCCAUUUAUGUCUUGAGAGUAGCUAAACUGUUGAAUGUGUCAUCGGAGGAUUUACUAAAGCUGUACAAUGACGCCAUGAUUGCUUGCAUAAGUUGUAAAAAAUACGACGUGGUCAUUUCGCUUUACGCUGAAUUGAUUACUAUGCAAGAAAAAGGUGCCCCUUCUCUCGAAAUCAACAUCAGCACACUUGGCUUUGUCCUCUUGGCCUUUAAAGAACUGAACAUGCGAGAGGACUUUACAAAUUUGAAAAAUUUAAUAAUUCAGAAAAAUUACAAGUUGACUCCGCUGUGCGGAAAGUUGGUCAAUGAGGAGCCCGAAUGGUGA